AUGUCCCAAAUGGAAGAAGAGGACGACCCCUCCCACCCCCAACAGAGGCUUGCGAAUCUAGAGGAAGCCAUGCAACGGAUGGAAGGCCUCCUCCACAACCUCAUAAUUACACAGCAACAGCCUGCCCCUGCCCCUGCCCCUGCCCCUGCUCCGUCUCCGGCAGUGGGUCCAGGUGUAUCUAUUGGCCAACAGGCCAGCACGAGACCCCUCAUCCGCCCCAACCCCCCAUUCGCGUUCGACGGGGAUUGUACCCAGGGCAAGACGUUUCUCCAUUCCGUCAAGCAAUACUGGCGCCUCCUCCCUGAGGCCUUCCAUGUGAACGGGGUAGUAUCAGAAGAGCGGGUGGUACGUUUCGCCCUCUCCUACAUGUCCAAGGACUCGGCGGCCUCCUGGUCAGAACGCAUGUCAGAGCGCCUCGUCUUCCCAUUCCCGACCUGCUCCUCCUUUGUGGCCGAGUUCAAGCUCCGGUUUGUCGAGGAGAACGAGCAAGACCACGCCCUGGCACGACUGGAGACCCAUGCUUACUACAUGGGAUCCCGCGACGUGUUCAAAUACACGGACGAGUUCGACGACCUUCUCGACUUGGCGGGGUACUCCGACAACUUGGUCAAGGUCACCAAGUACCGGGCGGGUCUGGACCCCAGAAUCAAUCAGGCGAUCACGACCUCCGGUAACCCGCCUAGCCUCACAAACUACUCGGAGUGGCGUACCCGCGCAUUCCGCCAGUACAACGCCGAGGUGGCCGCCCGAGCAGCAUGA